UCUUCUUAAAACUCUACACUGCACUGCAGUGCGAGUAAACUCACCAAAACUGCGAACAAAAACCCUGUGAGUUGUAAUACUGUCAAAACAAUUGGAUUCUUUUUAGCCGUCUCCAGUGUGUAGAUGGAGUCUCUUGUGUCUGCUUCUUCACGAACCCAACUCUUGCUUUCACCAUCUGUUAAUUUAUUUAACCAAACUAAGCUUAAAGUAGGAGUCUCACUCGCCUUCACGAACAGAGGGAAGCCGAAACAGAAGCUUUUAUUGUGUAAAAUGAGUGCGUCCAAGGAGGCCAAGUUAUGGGGUGGAAGAUUUGAAGAGAGUGUAACAGAUGCUGUUGAGAAGUUCACUGAGUCCGUUUCUUUCGAUAAAGAACUGUAUGAGCAUGACAUUAGGGGGAGUAAAGCUCACGCAUCCAUGCUCGUUCACCAGGGGUUGAUCGGUGAAGAUGAUAGGGAACUUAUUUUUCGAGGUCUUGAUAAAAUUGAGAAACUAAUUGAAGCCGGUCAGUUCGUGUGGAGGACUGACAGGGAGGAUGUGCACAUGAAUAUUGAAGCAGCCCUCAUUGAUUUGAUUGGUGAACCUGCAAAAAAGCUUCACACCGCUCGCAGCCGAAACGAUCAAGUGUUGACAGAUUUUCGCCUGUGGUGUCGUGAUGCCAUUGAUAUGAUUUUGGAAAGCAUAAAGCGCCUUCAAAUUGCACUGGUGAAGUUGGCAUUGAACAAUAAGGGUCUUAUCAUUCCUGGUUAUACUCAUUUGCAGAGGGCACAACCUGUUUUAUUGCAGCAUCUUCUCUUAGCAUAUGUUGAGCAGCUUGAACGUGAUGCUGGUCGUUUACUCAAUUGCAGAGUUAGGUUGAAUUUCUGUCCCCUUGGUGCAUGUGCAUUGGCUGGCACCGGACUGCCAAUUAAUAGGUUUAUGACCUCAAAAGAGUUGAAAUUCACUGCUCCCAUGAGGAACAGUAUUGAUGCAGUAUCUGACCGAGAUUUUGUAUUGGAGUUUCUUUCUGCUAAUUCAAUCACAGCUAUUCAUCUUUCUCGGCUUGGGGAAGAAUGGGUAUUGUGGGCUUCAGAGGAGUUUGGGUUUAUCACACCAAGUGACUCCGUUUCCACUGGAAGUAGUAUAAUGCCUCAGAAAAAGAAUCCAGAUCCAAUGGAACUUGUUCGAGGAAAGUCUGCCAGAGUCAUUGGAGACUUGGUUACACUUCUCACUCUGUGCAAAGGACUUCCUCUUGCUUAUAAUCGUGAUUUGCAGGAAGAUAAGGAACCUACAUUUGACAGUGUUAAGACUAUUGUUGGGAUGCUUGAAGUUUCUGCAGAAUUUGCACAAAACAUUACCUUCAAUCAGGGCAGAAUACAGAAGUCUUUACCAGCUGGUCAUCUUGAUGCCACCACACUUGCUGAUUAUCUUGUGAAGAAGCAAAUACCUUUUAGAACUUCACAUGAUAUAGUGGGAAAGGCAGUGGCUUUGUGCGUAUCAAAGAACUGCCAACUUCAGGAACUAAGUCUUGAUGAUCUGAGAGGCAUAAGUCCAGUGAUUGAUAGGGAUGUGUAUGAAUAUCUCGGGGUAGAAAAUGCAGUUAAGAAAUUCAGCUCAUAUGGUUCCACAGGAUAUUUAUGUGUUGCUGAACAACUUGACUACUGGGUUAGCAAACUUGAAAUCAACGAAGUAGCUCAUUGUUGUUAAUGGCGGCAGAGAUGACUUUUUUGAGAUCUAGGACUUUGCUGGGAUGAGGAGUCUCUAUCUAAAAAUGGUUAUGUGGCAGGCCACAACAAUGCAAACUUGCAAUUACUUAGAUUGAAUAGUUGCCUGUCUUAUUAAGAUCUUGAAUGAACAACUGGGAUUGAAGUUCUAGUGUGGAGACAGUUCACAUUGGUUCGAGAGUUCAGUUAGCAGUGGUAUUUAAGCUGGUUCUUGUCCCGAUGGAGGUAUAAUUUGCAUCCACCCUUAAUGUGGUUUUAGAAUUGUUUUCCACCGGGGAAGUUUUUUAGUUUUGGAAUUUUGAAUUUUCAUGAAUAAUUACUAGAAGUUUAAUGCAA